AGGCGCAUACAUCAUAUUGGGAUCUGGCUAUCCGAGAAGACCUACUAUCAACGACCAGCGUGUAGUGGGGCGAAGGUCAGCGUGGCGGCGUAUGUAACGCAAACGGGGGGCCCAGAGACCCCCCUCGGGUGAGAAGUUGCUCUUCGGGGUGGGAUUUUGUUGUGGGCGCCUAUAGGUAUGUGGCCGUGCUAAAAUCGCGGCGACUGUAGACGUGGCGGCGCAUGCAGCGAUAGGAUUGCACGGAUGGGAAGAGAGAACAUUAGGGAAGAAAGAGAAGGGGGAGGAGGACGACGAGGAGGGAGACAUGAGGUAGAACGCAGUCAGUCGUUGAACAGCCAGGACGACACAGAGUAGAUGAUCUUGCCAUCUGCCUUCUCCAAGCAGCACGCCUCCAUGGGUGUCAGCUCGCCUCCAGAGACUCCUGGGGAACCAUUCCACCAAUCCCCGUCUAGGAGCAGCCGCCCGUCGUAGAAGGUGGCGCAGUCGCGGCCCCUCUGGUCCUUCCAGCUUUCCUCGGUGGUACACCCGUGCUUCUUCCAGACCCGCAAAGGCAGCUUUGAGGCCGUCUCGGGCUCGUAAGUCUCGUCCAAAGCCUGCCAACGCGACCGCGCAUACGUGACGAAUCCGCUCUUGUGCUGCUUCGCGCAGCAGGCCGCCAGAGGGCUCUUGCCUGCCGAGCCCACCACCCUGAGGUCGUCCACGUCGAUCAUCAUCUCUUCGUAGGCGUCACAGCCGUCACCGUCUGGGUCCACCCAAUCGAGGUCCGGCCUGCAGCCGGCCCAUACCCAGGCCCACCUCGGGAUCCGCGGGACUCUUGGGGUAAACUGGAACUCCCUGCACCACCGCAUCUCGUGCAGCGUGACGUCGUUCCUCUCCCAGAGCUGCAUGCACCCCAUCUGCAGGUACUCCUCGCAAUCAUCAGACAUAAUGUCUCCCAUACAUUGCACGAGAUGAGACACCUUCUCGUCGUAAUUGCUCCACUUGCGAUUCUUGAACAGAUUCUCGAGCUUCCGUUUGACGCUAUACUCCAUGAGGUAAUCGACCACGGUCAAACAAACGAGAUCACACCGCUCCGACUGAAUGUCCUCAGAGUAGCCGUGUCCCGGCAUGUAUUCGAAUUCGAAUGCGUCGUGCUGGUCGUUCCGGGGAUCGGUUGCCAUGACACACUUCGGCGACAGAAGGCAUUUCCGUGGCGCGGCACCGACAAGACGAGGCUCACAAUCAGGACUGGGAGUGCUGUUCUGGGCUGACGCCGUCCACAGGCUCACUAAUGGCGAAUAGUCCACCAACUCUUCUUCCUUCAAGAACCUGAGAGCCACCUUUAGCCGCGACACCAUGUCAACCCAGCCGCUCCAUUCCUUCAACUUCCAGUGGUUCUUGAUUAUCUCUGCCAGCAGCGGCGCCCUCUGGGCAGACUUGCACGGCUUGGGCUUCACGUCGUAGCCGCCCUGCCAGACCAGAUCCACGCCCAGGUUCUGCCCACCGGCGUCCUGGCCACAGGCCCAUCUUGCCCAGCCAGGGAAUCUCCACUGCGCGGUGAGGCCAAUGGCCCCGGCGUCGAAGAAAUUCUUCAUGACCAUGGAGCGGCGCCACGCAUCGAAGUAGACAUAGGUCUCCAACAUCGGGGGCAAGCUUUGCCUCCUCCCCCGCCGGUCGUGGAGCAGACGCUCCUGCACCUUGGCGUCGUCGGAGCUCAUCAGCUUGACGAUGUACCUGCUGUCCCUGCUCCUCUGGAAGAUGGCGUCCCCGCCGCGCCGGCUGCCCGGGGGGUUCAGGCUGUCGCAGCCGCACAGCAGCGAGCUGCCCACCCGAGCCAGGGUGCUGAUCGGUUGUUCCCCUGGUUGCGGACGACAGAAGAAGAAAGGACAGCACAAGCAUGCACUUUCGAAGAGCCACGCGGAUUCCUUGAUCUCCGCGCGGACCUUAGAAAAUUGUUGUUCGUGCCGUCGUGUGCUCUUCGAGACGAGGCGGUCGCAGGCGCCCGUCAGCUCGAUGUCGAUGCGCACGUCGGACACCUUCCCGCAGGUGGUCUCCGUCGCCGUGGGGAUGCUGCCGGUGCCGCCCGGAUAGCCGCGGACGGCACUGCCAGUGCCGCAUGUUGUGAGCAAUCCGCCGACAGGACGACGCGCGCAGCCACGGCCGAGCACAGGUCCCCCACCUCUCGAACCUCUUCCGGCCCAAGGCGAGCACUCCAGCGUCCCUGGGCUUUGGGCACCUCCUGCCCCUCGAGGCCUCGACGGCGUCGUGCCAGGGCCGCGACUGGCAGCGCCACGCGACGCGGCCCAUCGCGCACAUCUUCAGGUCGCUCUCGUGCAGGCUGUGGCGCAUCGAUGGGAUGGCCCUCCAGCUGACCGUGCUGCACUCGGAGCUCACGCAGUCGGCCGGCUGUACGGGCCGGCUCUGGAGGCUCAGCUCGCGAGUCAGGUUGCCUAGACGUGCAUUCGCUCGGCGCUGGCCGGCAGCAGGGCGGAGACCAGCGCUCCCAGGGGGGCCAGGGCACCGCCGGGCCCGAGAGGCAUGCUCACGUCCUGGUCUGGACGGGGUGCGCCAACCUCCCCCUCUCAGAUGCGCCCGUGCGCGGCGAGGCCGGGGAGCAUCUCGUGCAAGACAGCUUGUGAACCAAGUUUCGCAGAUCGCUUGAGCCCUGAUGGCU